AUGUGCACUGUAGAAAUUAAACAAUCUCACUUGGUAGAUUCAAUUAAGAAUAAUUAUUAUGUUCCUCCGGUAAUCUUUUCUUGCAAAAAGAUGGAAGAUAACGGUGCAACCAAAACAUUGCGUGUUUGUAUUGAUGGAAAACAAAGAUUAACAUCCAUUCGUAGAUUUUUUGAUAACGAGAUACCGCAUGUAGUCCCUGAUGGACCAAGAUCUUCGAGAAAAUAUUAUAGUCUUGAAGGAGAAAAUUGUUUUUCUGAAUAUGAGAGAGAGAAUAUUUUUGAUUUUGAAUAUUGGGAUCUUACAUUGGCCCAGGAACAAGAAAUCUUUAGUCGUGUUCAAUUAGGAAUGCCUUUAACUAAUGCUGAGAAACUUGCAUCAAUUAGUAGUCCGACUGUAAGUUUCGCUCAAAAUUUAUAUACUAGUUAUAGUUCACUUUCCAACAUUAUAGAAAUUCGAAGAGGAAAACCAUUGGAAUUAAUUUCUCAAGCUCUUUACAUGAUAGAAAAUGAACCCGAAAAACAAUGUUUUACUCAUAACAAUAUUACAAAGUAUUUAAAAGAUCCACGAGAAGUUCCAAUGGCAUUAAGACAAGUGGCUAAAACUGUAUUUGAAACUUUGGAUACAAUGAUUAUGGAUAAUGUUUUCGUAUUUCACGAAGAACAUAAAUUAGCACCAAUUGAAUUUGUAUUCUUUUCAACAUCUAUUGCUUCCGACACUACUCCUAAUUCAAUUUCUACUACUGUUCCUACUUCUACUACUCCGACUCCCAUUUCUCCUACUACCACAGCUAACCUUCAGCAAAGAGAAUUAGAUUAG